CUACACAUACAUAUGUACUGUUCAAAGAUUGAGCCUAUGACUAUACUAUUACAACACCAUCACAUUCACAGACACAGGCUGCUAGUAGUACUUUGGAAUUUGGAUAGGAUUAAGUGCACCGACUGCCAGUGCCAAGCAGCGAGCUGAGUGAGAUACGAGCAAGAACAUGAACCUACGUGAAAUUAUUGAUCAGUCGAUUAAACCUAUUUCAGGAGAAAUCUCAUUUGUUUGAUGAGAUGAGAUGAGAAAAUCCAAAACAAAAAAAUCAGAUAAAAGGUAGCACGCAAAUGCGAUUCAUCAUUCAGGAUGACCGGUACGGCCACGGUACCGUUACCUGUACCUGACGUCUAGACGUCCCUGUGCAAGUUAAGUGUAUUAAUUUUGUAAACAAUCUGUCAAUCUCUGCGCUGUUGCACGUGGCGUCGUCAACCAUCGAUUGCGUAAUCGUCUCCUUGAAUUAACUGGUUAUCAUGGGGAAAAGUGCAAGAAAGAACAAGGAGAAGAAGAAAGACUUUCAGAAGGUCAAGCUCAAGGUUGGAAAGAAGUUGGCCAAGGCAGACAAUGUGACGGAUACCACAUUCAAGUCCCGUUCUAUUCGAAUCAGAGAACAAUUAAAAGCAUCAGCAAAUGAUGGGGAUCAACCUGUCACACAGAGAAAACAAAACAUUCAAGAACUUCUUUGUCAAGUGAACCACUACAACUCUUCGGUACGCACCAAUGCCAUUCAAGGAAUCAAAACCCUCCUCACGACCAACCCAUCCCUCAUCCCGGAACACCUCCCCACCCUCAUCCCCACCCUCUCCACCAUCAUGACCGACAAGGAGGGGGCGGUACGUCAGGCAGGCACCACCCUCUUAGGAGUUGUCAUGGAUACGCUUGCAUCUCAGCAGAUGUCGCCGUUCUUUCCUACGAUAUGUAUGCAUCUGUGCUGUGCGAUGACGCAUAUCCAAGAGGACGUCCAGCUUGAUUCCUUGUCGGUCACGGAAACGAUUCUCCAACACUACCCAGGUUUGAUUGCUCCCCAUUGUAAGGAGCUCCUGACAAAUUUCAUUCAUCUCAUCUCCAAGCAGAGGAACAAACUUGGUAGCUCUAGUAGCCUCAAGGUCAACCCCAGUGGCAAGCUUGCCGGGCAGAAAUGGAGACUCAAGGUCCUCCAAAUGCUACAGAAAUUUCUUGAUGUCAUGAGAGAGUCCAAAGAAAAGGGGUUUUUACCAGACAGGAGUGACAUACAUCACACUAUCAAGGUCAAGUCUGAGGGAGGCAAACCAACAUAUGCUCCCAUCUUGAAAGCUAAUGGAGCAUUCAGCGGCAGACCAAAACCAUUUAUCUUAAGAAAUGACCAAUCUGCAUCAAGCCUUGGUGUUGACUUCCUGUCUGAUCCCAACGCUAUACUGGAUGUGGCUAAGACCUUGAUCCCACUCCUCCUUCAAUGCUGGGGAGAGGUCAAUCUGCCUGCAAAGGUCAAGGGUCAGGGAGGGGUCACCAUCAGUCAGAAGGAGGAGGAGACGUUAGGAUGUGUGCUAGCCAUCUUACAGACUGUCUGGGUGAUCUUAGAUAGAGCUUGUGAUGAGAAAGGCAAUCGUAGUGCUCUGGAUGAGCUGAGGAAGACAUACCAACGCAAAAUUGGACAGCAGUUCCAGCAAGGGUUUCCAUACGCACUCCACCAGCAUGCCUAUACCACCAACAAGAAGGGUAAUAGCAAGCCCCCCAUGGGGUCAUCUGGAGCCACGCCCAUCAACCUGUCUGCAUGUAACCUUGUAUUGAGUAUCUUGGUUGCCGAGGGUAACAAGCCACGCCCAUGGAUGGGGAUGGUGAGGGAGUUCGUGGAGGAUGUGUUGAGAGAAGAAGAUGGUGAAUAUCCGUUGGCUCAGAAGGAGCAAGAAGUCUUGAUGGAUGUUGUACAGCAGAUGAUGGGCAAUCCCGCUGACGAUGAGACGAUUAAGAGCCUUGAAGAUGCCCUGUUUGUGUACUACAGGACAUCCCAUCCUCUAUCACAGCAGAAGCUACGAGCUCUGAAAGCUUUGAGAUCAGUCUGUCUGGAUAGAGCAAGGCCGGAUUAUGAUAACGUAUCUGAGAAGCUUCCAGCAUUCUUUGAUAGCCUGGGUAUGCUGAUAGAGGAAGCCAGGUCUAGCCCACUAGGUAUCUCCCAGGAGGCCCUUCAUACUCUUCUGGUAGCUGCAUCCAGAGGCCAUAUCCAAGCAGUCCAGUGUAUGGAAAAACACUUGCCACAAUGGCUUUCUCCUGACAAUGCUUUGAUGGACAGUUUAGAUGAAUCAACUCAACGUCGUCUGUUAGAAUGUCUUUACUAUCUACCAUCCUUGAACUCAUCUCUUAUGAAGGAGCUUACUAGAUACUGCUGCAAGACAAACUCAGAUCUUAACCUUCCUGUCUACAUCAUCGCAAAUAGAUGCUUUGAUAAUGUGUUAGGAACCAGUGGGAGACCUCCCUUGCCACAUACUGACUUCAUUGACUUUGUAUUCAAUGUAUCUAUGGGGGCAUCAAGUGAAGACUUGUCAUCUCUUACAAACAAGAUGAAAUCAGAGGAGAAGUCAGAAUCCCUUCAUCCCUUCUAUCAUAUCAUCCAUGGCAACAGAGAGGUGGAACUGCUGCGGAGAGCUCAUGCUGUAAACAAGAUUGCAAUGCAGGUUUACAAGAGGCACCCUGAUCCGGUAAAGGCCAUGACAAGGGUUCUUGCUCUCAUUCAGGAAGCUUUGAAGACUCUCCGAUAUCUUCCUUUAUCUACAGUGUUAAGCUUCCUAGAACAUGCCAUGCUUCAAAGGUACAUGUUUGAAAAAUCAGCUUCGAAGUCACCAUCAUCAUCGUCGGGAUUCCAAAGUGUGCCACCAUCAGGAGGAACAUCAUUGGACAGUAUGCUUGGAACGUUAGCAUUCUCAUUAUUGUAUGACGCCUUGAGAAGAAAUGCUGCCGAUUUGCCGAGUGAGGAGGAAGAGUACGUCAUGGAGUCACGGAGACUGGCCGUAGAUCAUGUGACGUCGUUAGGAGAUGAGUCAGUCGGAUCAUUGAUAGACUGUGCACUCACUGUAUGUAAAGAUCACUCAGAUGACCGUCAUGCUAGCAGCAUCAUAGUACAUCUACUACAGAAUGGAAAUGUUAGGAGAAGAUUCCAGAUCCAUGUCAACAAACUUCUUGAAUUAGUACAUCUUAUUGAGGAGAAUUUAGGUGCUCCAAACGAAUGUAGAUGGUGUGCAGAGCUGAAAUAUGAAGUCCAACUUCUAGUCAAAGAUGUCCAGUCAGACACAUGAUACCUUUAAAGAGACUGCUGCGAGAAUAACAGUUUUAAAGGUCAAGUCCACCCCAGAAAAAUGUUCAUUUGAAUAAAUAGAGAAAAAUCAAACUAGCAUAACGUUGAAAAUUUAAUAUAAGAAAGUUAUGAUAUUAAAGUUUCUCUUAUUUUUCACAAAACAGUGAUAUGCACAACUCAGUGACAUGCAAAUGAGACAGUUAAUGAUGUCCCUCACUCUUUCUUUUCUUUUUUUGUUUGAAUUAUACUAUAUAUAUAAAUUAUACUAUAUUUCAUUUUUUACAGAUUUGACAAUAAGGACCAACUUGACUGAACCAUAUAGUAUUGAACAAUGCAAAUUCCACAUUUUCAUGGAGGAAGUAAUCGUUGUUUCACUUGACGAGGAGAAAAUUUCAUAUUUCUCACAAUAAAAUACAAAAGAAAUAGUGAGUGGAUGACGUCAUCGGUCUCCUCAUUUGCAUACCGACCAGGAUGUGCAUAUAAAUCCUUUGUGAAAAUAAGCGAAACUUUAAAAUGUCAUAACUGUCUUAUUUUACAUCCGAUUUUGAUGAAAUUUUCAGUGCUAUGCUUGAUGGAUUUUUCUCUUUUUAUUCAAAUCAACUCUUUGUUAGAGUGGACUUGUCCUUUAAGAUAACGCUGUGUGUUUACAUAAGACCAAAGGCACGAAUGAUGUGUAUCAAAGGACAUUCAUCCAGAUGCAUAAAAUGAGCUUUUGUUUUGAACGAUGGAUGCUUCCAUGAUGAUGAAAUUGACGAUUGGACCAUCUGGGUAUGCAUUUACUUCGAGGUUUCUCCUGUCUUCCAGUCUUCAUCUCAGAAUAACAUUACUACUGAAUAAACAUGAUCACAAAGUCUG